CCCCCCCCCCCCCCCCAUCCCCAUCCACAAUUCAAUAUUUGAAUCGAAGCAUGCAUACGGAGCUGCAUCGAGCGGACGAACCACGCCCUCCCCAUCCAUGCGCCUAGGGACUUGCUUCACGAUUCAACGAUGAAUCGCGGUGCCGAGUCAUUCACGGAUCUCCUCUUCAGCUUUUGUUCCCAGCCGGCUGCAACAGAGGGCGUCCCAGAUCUGGGAUUGCUAGAGGAGGAGGAGGAGGGCGAAGAGCGCAUCCAUCCUAAUUUCCAGAACCAUUCUCCUUCUUCAAGCCAAGAUAGAGAGAAAUAUGGUGCCACAGAUUCAGGAACUCCUGAAGAUUAGGAGGCUAUGCCAGAUUUCUCCAACGUCCCAGAUAUUGACGACGCUGAAGAGACCCAGCCUGAAUCGCAUCCCAUUCCAGUUCCGUGGACUCAAAGGGCCCGACUUGGCAAAAUUCCUGACAGCCGUGCCACAUUAUCGGGAAGGAAAAGUGCUUUGGAAAAAUUCCUACAAGCAAGGUCUACACUGCAGCUAUAGAGGAGGCAAGCAUGGUCCAGGACACAAUAUCAUGUUCUGUUUCAUCAGGGGUCUGGAGGAUAUUUAUGUGAGUGUGGUCUUUACUCUCAUAUGGGCAUGCUGUGCUGUCAUGCUAUUCGCGUGCUGCUACAUCUCGGAGUUAGGGAGAUCCUAGAAGUACACAUCAUGAAGAGAUGGACGAAGAACGCUUGCGAGAACCUGCCAGAGCAUCUGAUGAUAUAUAAAGCAUGCAAUUCUGCACUGAAGGACGCAACUUAUCGUCACUCUUCCUUGUACAGUAAGGCGCUCGAGAUUGUUCAAAUGGGGGAUAAGAACACUGAAGCUUAUGGAGCUGCAAUGAAGCAGUUGCUGGACGCAAUAAGUGUUCUAAAUGAUAUCAACCAGUAGAGCGAUGGCGAGGGUUAAAUGACCAGGCCACUGUUCAAGCACAUGACCAAGAUGUCCCUGUGACACCAGGAGCAAAUGGUCUGUCAGGUUCAAUGAAUGUUGUAUCACGCAAGAGGGACCGAGGCAGGCCAACAAAUGCAAGAGCAAAGCCAGGUUAUGAAAAUGUCAGCAAGCCAAGAACAAAGUUUUGCUCAAUUUGUAGAGGGAGGGGUCACAAAGCAUCAGGAUGCCCCUCAUAUGGAGGUGUAGCAAAGAAACAAAGGAAAGUUCCAAAGUGUACAAAGUGCGGCCUAGAAGGCCACAAGAGGAAUAACUGCUCAGGAAGAAUGUUCGGCGUCUUCCAAUGACUUGAUUGCACUUGCAACUGGUUUUGUUUUACGCCUGGCUUGUGCAUUUUUUGGUUUGCAAAUGACUUUUUUUGCUGUUAAGGAAGAUGAAAAAUGAUGCUGUAGUGAACAUUUAGGUUUAUUUUGCGGCCAUGUAGUGAUCUUUCAGUUUCAAGACAUUAAAACUUGGCACUGCUUCAGAUGAUGUGCAAGUGUCAAUAUAGCCAUUGUACUGAUGCGAGAACCAAGUUCAAUUGAAAUUGAAACGGGGCUUGUCUUUUGUCUAA